AUGGAGCUAACUCAAAAACUCGAGUGUACACAAGAAAUAUGUGCAAAUAACUAUGAAAAAGAAUUUCCUGAACAGAUUGGCUUUUUGGGUAUUUGCGGUGUUAAGUAUCCUUUGAAGAAAGGACCAAAUAAAAUAGGCAGAGAUCCUGAUACAUGCAAUAUUGUCCUUAAUUUAAAUUCUAUAUCGAGGCAACAUGCGGUGAUCAACAUUUUAAACAGUUAUGAUUUCAUGCUUAUGGAUUUAGAUUCUGCUAACAAAACGAAACUAGCAGAUAAAACGUUACAAGCAUACAUUCCACACCCAAUAAAAAAUGGCGACAUGGUACAGUUCGGUCAGGUAUUUGGUGUGUUCCGAUUAUUUGAGGAAGACAAUGAUUUGCCCAUGACCCAAGCCCUGGAUAUACCGGAGACUCCUGUGAGGAACCACGCCGUUUCUAAAGUCAAUAACCUGAUAACUACGAUACCAGAAUCUCCAGAUCUCAGUGAUAGGGAUGACUCCUUCAUUGUGGCUUCACAACCAAAACCAAAAAAUGUUUUCAAAAGCCCUAAUACCAACUUCAUAAAGUCUUCAGGGAAAACAGUAGCUAUAAAACCUGUUGGUUUCAAUAAAAUAGAUAAUGUCUACUGGAGUUCGUCUAAAAAAUCUGAUUCAUUCAACUGUGAGACAGAUACAUCUAGAAAUGAUUCAGACGUUUCUUUGAAAACUUCUGAAAUUACUCCAAAUAUUCACGAACAAGACACCCAAUGUAUCAGUUACAAUAAAACAGACAAUUCCAUUUAUGAAGCGGAAACACAAAUAGAUGAUGUACAAAAAUCUGUUCAUAGCUUGGAAACACAAUUACCUGAAAUGAAUAAUUUGCCAGAAGUAUUCAAAAUACAAGGUCAAGAAAACAUCAAUUUGGAUUUGUCUACAGAGAACAAAGAAAAUGAGGAUGUACAUCGUACUGACAAAGAGGUUUUAUUACAGAAAACAAUGGGCAGUGCUGACAGAGAUGAUGAAAGUAAUAACAAAAAUAUAUCUGAUGAUAUAAUAUUAUUUGAUGAGAUUGAUAGUCCAGUAGGUGAAGAUAACAUUGAGUCACAACAACUUCUCAUACCUGAGUUAGAAACAGACAAUGUUGAAAUACUAGGAAACAGUGAAAAACCUUCAAACAAAGAGGAGCAGCCAUCAAAAAGAAGAGAUUCUGGGAGCUCCACAGAUUGUGAGGAUAUUUAUAUGGCGCUAACACAGAAUUUACCAGAAAAACGAAUUGACGAUGACGAAACUGACUGUGAAGAUGACAUUGAAACAAUUGGUAAAGUUAAUAAAGAACAAAAAACAGUUGAAAACUCUAACUUGGACGAUGAUCUCACAGACUGUGAAGAUAAUAUUGAAAACAAAGUCCAAACAGAUCCCGGCUUAGAGGAUUUAGCUACGCAAAUCUUAGAAGAUGUUAGCCAUUGCAAUAUAAACUCUUCGAAAUCUGCAUCAGAUGACCAAAAGUGUCAGAACGAAAUAGAUUUAGAAGAUAUGCCCACACAGAUAAUUAGUUACGAACCGCAAAAUAUUUACUCCGAAGAAGUUGUCACUCCAUUUAAAGUUCCCGCUGUAUCUCCUCUGAAACGUAGGAGAAAAGAACAGGAGCCAAAAGCGCUCGCAAUUAUUAACAAUAAAAAUAUUACUGCUAACAUAGAGAAUGAAGACGAAGAAAAUUAUUAUGACGCAACGCAAGAAUUAUUGAAUGAUUUAUGUACUCAAAGAGAAUCCCCCACAUUAACUUCUGGAGCCAAUAAGGAUGUAUUAGAAACACGUAUUAAUAAAAAUAUUAUUAAUAAUCCACCCGAUUGUCAACCAGAGAUAUGUGAUAUUGAUGAAAAAAUCGAUAGAUUUGUAAUGAAUUUGACUAAUACAGAAAAAACCUUGCAAGUCAGUGUGAAGAAAGGUGUUGAAACCAAGAAAUCAUCUAGUGAUAGCUCUGAUAUUGAAACAACACCGAGGAAAUUAAAUCCUCUUUCCUUUCUAAAACAUUAUCUACCAAACACACAAGAAAUAAAGAUGUAUGUAAAAUCAACUGGUGAAACAUCAUCCGACACUUCUUAUGACUUAGAUACCGAUGGUUCAGAUAGUGAACGGCAUAUAAAGAAAAGAAAUACAAAAAAUAAGAUUGUUAAAAGAUCAAACCUGAUGACUAGAUUAGAACAUGAAAAAUCACCUGAAAUAAUAAUAAAUCCCGUUAAACCUGAGAAUAAAAUUCAGAAGUCUAAAGAUGUUGACAUCAAAAAAUCUAAGAGAAAUAACGAAUCUGACUUGUUAGGAAAUGAAAAAAAUAAUAACGGAAAACUAGUCACAGCUAACACAUCAGAAGUUAAAGAAAAAUCGAAAAGAAGUACAAGAAGUUCAGAUAAUACUGAUAAAAAGGACAGUAAAGAAUUAAAUAAAAGCAAAGAAAGUAGUAAAAACAUAAAGGAAAAUACUACAAAAGGAGUAUCAGACAGUAAAGAAACUGUAAGAAGGGGACGCAGAAAUAAUAUUACAACAGAAAAACAAAACAGCAUCGUCAAAAAAAACACUGAGGGUGACAGUAAAAAUAAUGAUAAACUUACGAACACAGAAGAAGUAAAAGAAAAAAGGAGUAAUAAAAAAUCUUCAGAUACUAAUGACAAAUUAAAACAUAAACGUACUAGAAGUGCAAGUAAACAACUAGAAACAGAGAAAAACGAGCCAAAACUCGCAGAAACUAAAGGCAUCUCAAGCAGAAGUAGUCGGAGCAAAAACAGUCGAAAAGAAAUUAAUACGAUCGACAAAUUUCUAUGUCCCACUCCUGUUAUUGAAGCUCAGAAGAAAAUUAGUAGCAAAAGUAUAGUAAAGGAAACUAGAAGUACAGAGAAAGAGGGCAAAAACAUAGAGCAGGAAAACAAUGGAAAUUAUAGCAGAAAUACAGUUAACAGAAGCAGAAAUAGUGACAAGGUAAACCAAAACAAGGAUAUAGAAAUUAAAGAAAGUAACAGAAAAAUUGCAGAGACGAGAAGUCAAACAAAGAAUAUUGAGAAUAAUAAGAAUCAAACUCCAGUGGAAUUAGAAGUAAGACGAAGCAAACGGCAAAGAACAGCUAAAAGGAGCUUUGAAAUAGAAGCAAAAAUAUCAAAAACAAAUCAUGAACAGAGCACAGUGUAUAAUAUAUCAUCAGAAUCUGGUAUUGAUUCUCCCAAUAAACUAAAAAGACAGGCAAGUGACAUCCGUUUACCGAGCUCUAAGAAGAUUAAAACGGGUAAUAGUUCUAACAUCACGUUAAGGGCAACACCCGCUAGGAAAACUAAAACACAGUAUGUUCUAUUCACAGCGUUUCCAUGCGAUGAGGUCAAAGUUAAAUUGGAAAAGUUGGGGGCAGUUAUAGUAACGGAUAUAAUGCAAUGUACAGUGGUGUUAACUUUAAAUAUUAAAAGGACAUUUAAGUUACUUUGUGCCGUGGGUCUCGGUAAGCCAAUAGUUGGACCCAACUGGGUACAGGCUUGUGUGGAUACUAAUAUGAUUGUUGAUCCGUGGUUAUAUCUUAUUAAGGACGAGAAAACUGAAAAGCGUUUUCAGUUCAGUCUGGAGCGUAUAUUAACUGGUAAAAGACAAUUUCUGAAAGGCUACAAUGUGUCCUCAACGCCAAAUGUAAUGCCAAGCCCUCCUGAGAUGAAAUUAAUAGUUGAAUGUUCAGGCGGGACCUGGACAGCGGGCGGGAAAAAUUGGAUAUGUGUGUCCUCUAUCACUGACAGAGCUCUAUGGGACGGCCUCAAACGUAAGGGCGCAACUAUAGUGUCAACGGAAUUCGUUUUGGCGGGAGUUUUACGACAGAAAAUAGAUAUCAAUAGAAAUGUACUGUUGUGA